AUGGGGUACUACCCACCAGAUGGGAUAUACCCUACAUAUGGUGCCUUCGUGAAGAGUCUUAACGAUCCUAGGACACCAAAGGAAAAGAAUUUCGCAAAGGCACAGGAGGGGGUAAGAAAAGAUGUUGAGUGCGCUUUUGGUGUCCUCCAGACACGUUUUGCUAUAGUCUCUGGACCAUCCAGAAUGUGGGAUAGAGACACUCUUCAUGAUAUCAUGACAGUGUGCAUUAUAUUGUACAAUAUGAUUGUUGAGGAGAAGAGAAAGAGCAUGGAAAUCGGUCAUGCAGAUAAUAGUGAAAGGAUAGCAGACGAAAGACAGUGUAUCAAUAUCAAUCAUGUCUCAACUUUGCCACCUAGUGCCCAUUUCCUGAGGGGAGCUUUGCUAGGUACCUUCAGAGACAUCUGGAAAUCCGAAACCAAGACCAGCACUUCCAAAUGA